UGAAGCUGUUACCUUAGCGCCGGAGUCGCUGGGAGCUGUGGCGAGCAGCCGACUGUCCGCCGCUGUGCCAGCCUGUGUGUCGCUCGUCGGUGCCCACCUCGGUGUGCCCGCUCCUGGCGCCGCGCUGAGCCUUCUCUGCAGGGAAGGAGUGGUGGCUUGUGCGUCUUCCCGCUUCCUUCCCUCCCUUCCCCUUCUCUCCAGAUUCCUUGCUUUUCCACUCCUCGCCAGGGGUCUGCCUCUUCCAGGACUUACUUUCUUUGGAAGAUCUUAAGGCUUUUGUUUUCGUUUUUCCUCCCUUCCCUCCUGAUUAGGAGUCAGAUGCCAGGAAAUAUGGCGCCCCUCAAGAAGCCUCCAGAUGCCACAAGGUUGCCCCUUGCCUUAAACCCGCGUAAGAGCAAGGCCAUCCUGGCAGUGCUGGCCGAGAGGAACCAGGCCGUAGUACCAGUUGGAGCUUGGGUGGAACCCGCUGUCCCAGACAGUUCCGACAUCCCAGCCUAUACUUCAGCCCGUGUGAUCGAAGAAGAACUGAAGGAAAAACUAAGAAAGAAACAAGAAGCUCUAAAACGUUUCCAGAGACAAGUCAAACACAGAGUAAACCAACAGAUUAGGCUGAGGAAAAAGCAACAGCUUCUGAAGUCGCGUGAGGUAGCAGAAAAAGAAGGUUCCAUGGCCAUGCAGUCUUCACAUCCAGCAUGCUUCACUCCUAAAUCGACAAGUAUUUUUCCUAAACAUUUGAAUGCUGUUGUUGGAAGUCCUGGCUUAGUUCCCUCCCAGGUACUUGGAGAUGGGCUACAAGAUGCUGAGAAUGGCAGUGAAUUAUUCCAGCAACAAGCCCAGGCACUUCAUCAGAACAUGAAAUUGGCACAUCAACGGCUGGCAUCCUUUAAAACUGUGCCUAUAAAAAAGACAUCGGUAUUUCCAGAUGGUAAGAGGAAAAACAUUCUUACUCAAGAGGAACUUGACCAUGAAGAAGUUUCAUCAGUUAAAACAAAUGAGGAAGGAAGGGAAGAUUUGUUUCAGGUGGACCAGCAAGAAUUUGUUUCUGAAGACAAGGAUGUGUCUUGUAGCAGAGUUCAGAAAGUCAAAUUUAAAAAUGUUAUGAUGGAACAGGAAGAGCAAAUUGAACUACAUCCUCAGAGCUUUCACCAUAUUCCACAAGACCAGGAUCAUCAAGAAACCAAAGGUGGACUACCAGAAUCUCAGAGUGACUUAAAAGAAGUUCACAGUGUUGACUUGGAAGCUCAGGACGGUGAGCCUCUUACUCAGGCUGUUGACCUGGGGAUUCAAGCUGUUGAGCUAAAAAAACAGACUAUUCCACUGGAAGGACAGAUUGUUCAGACAGAUACUCAGAGUAAUAUGUUGGAAGCCCAGAGUGUUGGGCUAGAAGAUGUGAGUAUUGAGUUGCAAACUCAAAAUUUUUUACCGUCAAACCAGACUUUUCUAGCCAAAGACCAGAGCAUUCUACCUGUACAUCAUGACCAGAAUUUUCUAUUUGAAGACCAGGAUAUUUUACCCAACUGUCAGAACCAAGAUUUUCCAUCCAGAGGCUUAUGUGUUUUCCCCAAAAACCAGAAUAUUCUCCUGAAAUGUCAGAACCAGGAUUUUCUACCCAAAGACCAGAGUGUUUUCUCCAAGGACCAGGCAAUUUUACCCAGUUGUGCUGACCAAGAGUUUCUACCUGGAGAUCCAUGUGUGCUGCUCAAAGACCAGAAUAUUUUACUGGACUGUCAAGAGCAGAACUUUCUACCUAAAGAUGACCAUGUUCCCUUCAGAAAGCAGAAGCUUCCACCCAAAUGGCAAGUACAGGAUUUUCUACCUAAAGAUCAGAAUUUUCUAUCUGGAGAUCAGCAUUUUCUACCUACUAACCAGAAUAUCCCAUCCAAAUAUUUGGACCAGAACUUUCUACCCAAAGACUGGAGUAUUUUGCCCAAAGAUUAUCAAGUUCUCCCCAGUCACCAGAAUUUUCUAUCUGGAGAUCAUCGUGUUAUUCACAAUACCCAGAAUAUUCCAUCCAAAUAUCAGAAGGUACACUGUAAGGAAACAAACCCUGAUGUGGCAGAUGAGAAAGGGAGAGAAGACUUUUCUCUGAAGGACUAUCAGUGUCAGCCUCCUAAACUCCAGUUCCAGGACCUCCUCAGAGACCCGAGCUUAUCCUUUAGGGUGCAGGUGUCUGUUGAGACAGCUGAAAGGUGGCGAGAUGAUUUGCUUCUGAAUAGCCAUCAGCAUCCUCCUCGGAGGCCCCAGAGAGAUGCUUCCCACAGAAAAAAGGUUUGUAACAACUGUCAGUCAAGAUGGGAAUCCCGGGCUCCACUGGCAUUUCGGCCUGGAGUAGAUCAAGAAGAGGACAAGAAGGAACGUCAAAGGCAGUACCUGAGACAUAGGCGACUUUUCAUGGAUAUUGAGAGAGAGCAAGUUAAAGAACAAAAAAGGCAAAAAGAACAAAAGAAGAAAAUUGAAAAAAUUAAGAAAAAGAGAGAGCAAGAACGUUAUGCUGAAGAGCAGAGGCUCCUAAAAAUGGACCUCCACAGAGAGCCAUGUCCAGAGGAAAAGGUGACUGAGACGCUAGGCCAGUUACAACUUGGAGAGAAGAAAGAAGCCAGAGAAAAGCAGCUACAGAGAGAAAAGGAGGAUUUAAGAUAUGUGGAAGCUUUACGAGCCCAGGUCCAGGAGAAAAUGCAGUUAUACAAAAUUACUUUACCCCCAUUGUGCUCUUGUGGUCCUGAUUUUUGGGAUGCCCAUCCUGAUACCUGCGCCAACAGUUGUGUCUUCUAUAAAAACCACAGAGCGUAUCAUCGGGCACUACGUUCAGUCAUCAGUUCCCGUGACACCUCCGAGGGAAACUCAGCUCUUCGAAUUGCCAUUCAUAAUUUUGUUUCGGCACACAAACGGACUUUGAAAAAUCUAUAAAUAAGACUCUGAAAUCAACUCAUUCUAUUUCAGCCUUCAUUUAAAAAAAAAUCAACCCUAAAGGAUUCUUUAGGAAAUGGGAAGAUGGAGAAUCUGAGAAGAAAUGCUAUUCCAUGUAGUAACUAUCUCUAAUUAGAUCAGCGAUUGCUUCAGCUCCUGCCUCACAGAAUGUCACACAACCGUGUAAGUUGAUCUGCAAACCUUUGGUGUGAACCACGUAGAGCCUGCUGUUUUAAAAAGUGAUCAGACAAGAUCUCCUACUUUGCUCUAUCAGAAGAAGCCGUGAGAAAUCUUUGAGAUUGUCUCAUUGGUGAGCUUUCCAGAACUGUGUGUGUGAGUCUUGACAACAUUGCAAAUGUCUAGAUAAAGCAAAGAAUGCAAUGAAAUGAAUUUCUGAAUGUCACUGAC